CAUUUCAUACAAUUUCCGUCCCAAAUGAAUGAGAUUGAAGUGUUUGAGUUGCUAUACAAUUCAAAAUGGUUUUAUUUCUUCUGAUCACGUUGAGGAAAUAACUGAUAUGUAAAUCUUCAAGCAAGAAUUUUUAUAAUUGAAUCUGGGAUUAUGUUGAAAAAAGAAAGAAAUUUUGAUUCAGUUUUGUGAUGCUGGGGUUGGAUAUCCUGAGUCAACGUGUGGAUUUUCGUCGUCAUCGUCGUCAAAGCUGUUGAUUAAGGGAGGAACUGUGUUGAAUGCUCACCAGCAGGAGGUAGCUGAUGUUUAUGUUGAAGAUGGCAUUAUUGUUGCUGUUAAGCCUAAUAUAAAGGUUGAUGAGGAUGUCACCUUGCUUGAUGCCACUGGAAAAUAUGUCAUGCCAGGAGGAAUUGAUCCUCACACACACCUGGCUAUGGAGUUCAUGGGUACUGAGACUAUUGAUGACUUCUUUAGCGGUCAGGCAGCAGCAUUAGCAGGUGGAACAACAAUGCAUAUUGACUUUGUUAUACCUGUUAAUGGUAGCUUGGUAGCAGGAUUUGAAGCCUAUAAAAAGAAAGCAAAGAAGUCUUGUAUGAAUUAUGGUUUCCAUAUGGCAAUCACAAAAUGGGAUGAAUCAGUUUCAAGGGAAAUGGAAAUAAUGGUUAAGGAGAAAGGUAUUAACUCUUUUAAAUUUUUCAUGGCAUACAAGGGGUCUCUUAUGAUCAGUGAUGAGCUUCUACUGCAAGGAUUAGAGAGAUGUAAGUCUCUCGGUGCCCUGGCUAUGGUCCAUGCUGAAAAUGGAGAUGCUGUGUCUGAAGGACAGAAAAGAAUGAUUGAUCUUGGUAUUACUGGUCCAGAAGGGCAUGCUCUUUCUAGGCCUCCUGUGCUAGAAGGUGAGGCAACUGCACGAGCAAUUCGUUUGGCAAAGUUUGUGAAUACGCCUCUAUAUGUUGUCCAUGUGAUGAGCAUUGAUGCCAUGGAAGAAAUAGCUAGAGCUAGGAAAUCAGGGCAGAAGGUUAUUGGAGAGCCUGUGGUUUCUGGAUUGGUCCUCAAUGAUUCUGGGCUUUGGGAUCCCGACUUCGUCACUGCAGCAAAGUAUGUCAUGAGUCCUCCUAUAAGGGAAUCAGGACAUGACAAGGCUCUGCAAGCUGCCCUUUCAACUGGAGUUCUGCAGCUGGUAGGAACUGAUCAUUGUACUUUUAAUUCUACUCAAAAAGCUUUUGGCAUUGAUGAUUUCCGGAAAAUUCCCAAUGGUGUCAAUGGGAUUGAGGAGAGGAUGCACCUAGUUUGGGAUACAAUGGUGGAAUCUGGCCAAAUUUCCGUCACUGAUUUUGUCCGGAUUACAAGCACUGAAUGUGCCAGAAUCUUCAAUAUUUAUCCAAGAAAAGGAGCAAUUCUUGUUGGAUCAGAUGCAGAUAUUAUUAUAUUUAAUCCCAACUCUAGCUUUGAAAUAAGUGCGAGCAUGCACCACUCCAGAACUGACACAAAUGUCUAUGAUGGUAGGAAAGGAAAGGGAAAGGUUGAAGUGACAAUAGUUGGAGGAAGAGUUGGUUGGCAAGAUGACGAGCUAAAAGUUGUCCCUGGUUCUGGAAAGUAUAUUGAAAUGCCUCCCUUCAGCUAUCUAUUCAAUGGAAUUGACAAGGCUGACGCUAAGUACUUAUCUUCUCUCCAAGCUCCAGUGAAGCGCUACUUUACGGCAUCUUAAAUGGUAGGUACAAGUAUUUUAGGGUAUUUGUAAAUGAACUUAGAUGAAAAUUUACUCAUCCUUUGUUUUGAACAAAGAAAAUCAAUAAGAUCCUGUAAGAUGUUGUACUUGACUUAUGCUUUCCAUGCCAGUCUAGAAAAGGAAAAUCUGCAUGGGAAAGAAAAAUGCACCAAGACCAUUUACAUACUAAUCAAACUUAAAUAUUAAAGCCUUCUCUACUUCA